ACUUGUGCUACUUAUUUCACAUUGCUGUGGUUAGAAUCAGUCUCCUUCACAUCACAAGUCUACAAGACUACUCUUUUCUCCAUAAACUAUAUUGCUCUUUCUUGCCCAGUUUACAGGAAAUCAACUAUUGCAGCAGAGUUCCAAAGGAUGUUGACGAGAUGGAGCAGAGCGAUUUCCCAGUUUGGUAGAGUCAACUCCGAAUUGGGAAGACAAUUGUGUUCUUUACACUGUCGAGAUUAUUCCAAGGUUGCCGCCGUUGCCGAGCCGCCUGCUGAUAAACUAUACAAUGUUAAUGACCAGGUAAAUUUGAACAAGAUGUUCUGGUCUAAGCCUCAUUCACUGGCACUAGCACCUGAUUCACAAUUCAGAGUUGAAGAUCCACAAUACGAGGGCUUUAAGCGCGCUAUAUUUAAGCUAAUGCUAUUUUAUAGUAAGCAAAGCAAGUCCAUUCGAGGGGCAAAUGUUAUUUAUCGUCGUGUUGUUCACCAAGUUGAUAGACCUGCUAUUUACGAUGUAUUUAGCUUGGAGAAAACAUUUAAGACCACAUUUUCCUUACUAGUUAUCCAUAUGUGGCUUUGCUUGCGACGAUUGAAACAGGAGGGUAAGGACGGUGUUGAACUGGGACAGUACUUGUAUGAGAUUUAUAAUCAUGAUGUGGAGCUGAGAGUUUCUAAAGCUGGGGUUAACUUAUUGUUGAUUAAAUGGAUGAAGGAUUUAGAAAAGAUAUUUUAUGGUAAUAUUGUCGCCUAUGAUGCUGCGAUGCUUCCUGAAGCUAAGCAGGAUGAGUUGCAGAAUGUAAUUUGGAGGAAUGUCUUCUCUGAUGAUGGUACCUCUACGCCAAGUGAUGCUGCUUUACUUCCUGUCCAGGCUAUGUCAAGGUAUGUUCGCAGGGAAUCCAACUGUCUGUCAUUUACAGAUAAGGAAGCUAUGUUUUCAGGGAACUUCUUGUUCACCUCAUUGGGCAGCACAACAGCUGGUACAGUGUAACGACUAACGAUGAGAGAGAUGAAAACCAAACAUACUCAUCAAGCGCACCAAAAUGCAUGGAGAGAUCCAGGCCUUCUGUCAAUGAUAUUAUAGAAGAAAUUGCUGAUUGUUUAAUUAAGCAAGAGAUGUGACGUCCACUAUUAUCCAUCUUUGGUUAACUUGGUAUAAUCUGAAGCCGCUGGUUUUUUGUUCCCCAGCAUGAAACUUGGAUAAAAAUAUCUUACUGUCAUUUGUUAAUUGCUUCGAUUUUAAAUCAUACAAA